AUGGAUGUGUAUCGUCAGGCAGUGGACAUCAUUAAGAUGUUGCGCGCCGGGAAAGGAACCGCAAAGGCGCUUUGUUUAUGCAAGCAAGUUCAGAAAAAGAAGCAAACCUAUGCGGUCGUCUGUGAAACGCUUCGACACUACGAGCUCCUGGAGGAUGUCUUGGCGGUUUCCGAGUUCUUCAAGUACUACCCCAAUGCCAACCGUGAGCUUGCGUUGUGCAUGGUGUAUGAUACCGUUUUGGGCAAGGGUGUGAAUACGAAAACCGAUAGCACCGCUCGCGCAAUUCAAAGCUCUGCGUCAUACCUGCGUGAGGCGUACUGGCAGGUGCACAAGCAUCAUAUUAUUCCCCCUCGUGCGGGUACUAUAUUAGACCAGGAGAUGGCGGGGAACGAUAUGAUCGGGCGAAAUGGACGAAAGGCGCCACGCCCGGAAGGGGCUAGUAAUGGACCUCAUCAUGCAUCCACUGCAUCUUCCGAUGGGGUGGCUCGGGUACCGCGAUAUGCUCGGAUUAACACGUUAAAAAUAGCCGCCCCGACGUUGAUUGAGCGACUUCAAUACUCGAUCGAUUCGAGCAUGAAUGAGGGUGGGAUUAGUGGGGUGAAACGACCACGUGGUGAGGCUACGGAAGAGGGUGGUAAGGGCAAUGAGGUCUCUGAGGCCGCCUUGCAGAGUAAGCGGCGACGAGGAGCGCAUCGACGGCUGAUUCUUCCCGCUUUUACUUCGGAUGCGGUCGUGCCGUCGUUGUUGGUGUUUCCCCCCGGAACGGACCUCCACGCCCACCCUGCCGUUCGUAGCGGGCAGCUCAUCCUCCAGGAUCGCGCAUCCUGCCUGCCGGCUUGCGUUUUGCUUGAUGCCGUUCCGGUGGUGAAGUCCUUCCCGACGAGCCUGGAAACCCCUGUGGAGGGGGAAAAGACGGGGGGGAAGGAACCCAAGGCCGCGAAUGCGUCGGCGACUUUGGAGUAUGUGGUGGAUGCCUGCGCGGCGCCGGGGAAUAAAACCUCCCACCUCGCAGCCUUGGGGGCACCGGGGAUUAAAAUCAUGGCGGUCGAACGCGAUGAGCGUCGGGCGGAGCUGCUUCAGCGACGGAUGCAAACCCUCGGCGCGGCGGAUUAUGUGAACGUCGUGAAUAUGGAUUUUUUUCAGCUUUCCUCGGACGAUCGGGAGGCGACGGAGGGGAUUUUGCUCGAUCCGAGCUGCAGCGCGAGUGGCGUGACGACGCGCGUCGACGUCGCCCUGAUGCACCACCGCCGUCAGCACCCUAGCGGGGAACCCGACGAGGUGGAGCCCCAUGAGCCGGAGGGCGAGGAAGGGCCCUACGCGAAUUCCGGAACGAUCGACCCUGAGGCGCAGGGGAACACCUUUUCCGCCGAUAUCGAGCGGGUGCGAAAACUCGCGUCGUUGCAGCGCAAGCUUCUCGCGCAUUCCUUGCUUUCCUUUCAGAAUUGCCGCACCGUGGUGUACUCCACCUGCUCCGUUCAUGAGGAGGAGAACGAGGCGGUUGUGCGGCAGGUGCUGGAGGACUCUCGUGUACAUGAACGGGGCUGGCGGCUUAGCAAUAUCAUGCCCGGGCUCUGGCGGACGCGUGGCAUCACUAAGGCGGACGACACCUUUCCAUUGGAUUAUACGAUUCGCUGUGAUCCCGCGGUGGAUGCGACGAAUGGAUUCUUUGUCGCUCGGUUUGAUCGAGAGCUGUAG